AUGUAUGUUUCAUUAGUGCAUGAAAAUGAAGAGAGCUACGAUGAUGAACACGGUGACCCUGAAGACGUGCACAUAUCUACAAGAAUGUGGACCGUCCCGGAAUGGGAUGUUGACAGCUUCGACGGCUACAAGUAUCACUCCGCUGAGCCAGAUGAAUUAAAUGGCGCUGCUACAAACGCCAGGUCAUGGGGAGCAAGGGGUUUUACGUGGAGCCAGGGCUUAGGCCUUUGUAUUGCUUAG